AUGAACAAUAAAGAUGAUAAUUGUGAUACAUCGGUUCUGUCAGAUGCUAUAUUUACAUUGAAAGGUGAAGAAUUUUUUCGUGUUAUUCGACCAUUAAUAGGUGAAGUUGCUUGCAACAUUCUUGAAAUUCAAAUGAUUGAUUCUGCCGAAAACUUCUUGAAUACAAAUGAUAUUUUUGAUAUAUUUAACUACGAUUCUGAUGAUAUCGAUGCAAUAAAAUCUAAGUCAUGUUUUAAAAUGAAAGAUGGACAAUAUAUUGUUCGUACUGGAGUAUUAAAUAAUAUGACGUAUUUGAAAACAGUAUUAAAAAAGAAAUUUGAAGAGCAGCAUAUUUUUUUAAAUAAUUUACAAAAAGAAAAAAUUUAUGAACUAAUCAAUCGAAAUCCGAUAUUGCAAUCACUUAUAGCAUGGUACUCACGGAAUGAAUUUGCAAAUAAUGAUAUUAAUAAAAAUCAUUCGUUCAUGUCAUCUUUUAUCGACACUAUAACAAAAAAUAUAGUUAAACAAAAACAAAAUUAUCGAUAUGAUGAUUCUAUGAAAGAUUUUGCUGUAGUACUUUAUACUCUAGGUGGCAAACAGGUAUAUGAGUUCGUUCGAAUUAAUAUUAUUGGUGCAUUACCUAAUUUAACAACAUUAAAGAAAUUAAUAUCGAGUACUAAUGCUAUUUUAACAGAAGGUCGAUUUUGUUUUGAUGCACUACAACAAUAUCUUAAUUCAGUAAAAACUAAUUCAUUUGUUGGAUUUGUUACAAAACUUUCAAAUGGAGUACCGAUUCCUGACUAUUAUCAGACUGAUUCAUUUGAAGAACUGCAAUUUUGGUUUAAUAAUAUUGAAAAAUCUAAUUUAUUGAAUAUUCAUAUGUUUCAGCCUAUACCACAACUGAAUCGUGCAAAUGCACCAGCCUCAUUUUUGAUGAGUGCUUAUGGUGUUGAUAGUACAUCAACAGCCAUCGAGAUACUACAUCGAUGGAUAUAUAUUUUUAAUAAUUGUAGUAAAAGUCAAAUUAGAAUUAUUGGUUUUUCUACAGGAUUAGAAUUGGCGUGGUGUGUUGUGUUCGUUUGUCGCCUUUGGUGGGCUUGGUUACAAAAUACAAAUAAUGUAAAUAUAUCAACAGAAAAUAAAAAUAAAAAUUUCAUAACUAGAACAGCUUAUUGGUCAGUAGAAAUUAAUGCACAUAUGUUGCUUUAUUUAAUAUUACUUGUAAAAGAGAAUCAGCUACCAAAAGAAGCAUUGCAUAUUUACUUGUUUAAUUCGCAAUCUUGCGAAUCAAUGUUUCGAAAUACAAGAUCUUUAAGUGGGGCAUUUUCCACAAUUGUUAAUUUCACGGUUGCUGAUUUUCUUGGCCGAUCUAAAAAAUUAUCAAUUUUAAAUAAAAUCAAAUGUCAACAGCAAGAUAAUGAAUAUGACAAACGUUUGUUUUUUCCUACACACCAUAAACAUAAAAAUGAUAACAGUUUAGUAGCACAAGAAAAAUUAGAUGAUGUUUAUAGUUUAGAUGUAGAACAAAUUGUUUUUAAUUCUUAUAAAAUGGCGCUCAAUCUUAUCGAACCGUUAAAUAUAAUAUCAGUGUUAAAAGAAUAUCAUCUUCUCAAUUUGAACUCUUUAAGUAAAUAUACUUUUAAUUAUUUAAAUACAAGAUCAACAAUAAAAGCUAAAACUAGUUCAAAUUCAGAAUUAGCAAUUGAUUACUACGAGGACGAUGAAGAUGAGGAAGAUGAUGAUGAUUAUUUAGAUAAUAAUGAAAUCAUUAGUAACAGUGACGAGGACAGUGAAAGUCUUAAUGAAUCAUUCGAUGAUGAUGAAGAAAAUUUGGAAAUAAUGAAAAAUGAUUUUAAUGGUAUAAACAUUCGAGAUAAAAUAAAUAUGGAGCAGGAAAAUUGUUAUUUCAAAAUAAAAAUUAAUGGAGUAGUGAAGUAUAUGCAUAAGCAAACUGCUUGCUGGAUUUUGACGGAAGAAAAUGGAAAAGUUUCAACAGAUCGUUUAUCUCGUGUAAUGCAGAUGAACAAAAAGUAA